AUGGAGGCAUUAACAAUCAGCGGCGGCGCCAUGACCGUGCGGAAGUUCAAGCCCGUCACGGUCCAACCUGAGUCUGAGACCCCCAACGGUUUCUACUUCCUGUCGAGCCUCGACCAGGCGAUUCCCUUCACCAUGAUGACGAUCUAUCGAUACGAGAAAGGCAGCGGCAACGUCGGAGAGGUGCUCAAACAGGCUUUGUCCAAGGUUUUGGUCCUCUAUUAUCCACUGGCCGGCUCCAUGGCCAUAUGCCCGGAAGUUAACCAGGUGACGAAGUUCAAGUGCGGUAAAUUCACUCUGGGUAUUGGAAUCAGCCACAGCCUGGUCGACGGCGUUUCCGGGAUGAACUUCGUCAACUCGUGGGCCCAAAUAGCAAGAGGCAAGCCGGUGACUGCCGUCCCUUUCCACGACCGGACCUUGCUGAAGUCGCGGGUGCCGCCCCAGAUCAAGUACCCGUACGACGACUUCGUGCAGAUCGCCGACACCUCGGACACCGAGUCGCUGUACCAGCGGGACCCGCUGGUGCACAAGCUCUUCGUCUUCGACGCGGACAGGAUCGCGGCAACCAAGAAGCUGGCGCUGUCCGAGGGGAAGGUGAAGUGCUGCUCGAGCUUUGCGGCCGUCACGGCGCUAGUGUGGCGGGCGCGGAGCCAGGCGCUGGGGAUGAAGCCUCACCAGCUGACGAAGAUCCGCAUAAUGGCGGACUUCAGGUCCAAGUUCGGAACGGAGGCGCUGCCCGAGAAUUAUUUCGGCAACGCCGUGGUCACGACCGCGAGCCUCUGCUCCGCGGGGGAGCUGUGCGAGCGGCCCAUCUCGUUCGCCGUCGAGCAGAUACAGAAGGCGGUGGAGCAGCUGGACGAGGACUACGUGCGGUCGAGGAUGGACUUCGUGGACACGUACAAGCCACCGCUCUCGUCGGUGGGCACGCUGGUGAUCAGCUCCUGGACCCGGCUGGCCUACGGGAUGUCCGACUUCGGGUGGGGCGACCCGUCGCAGUUCGGGUGCGGGGACCUGGCGAGGGAGCUGUGCGUGUACUUCCCGGAAGGGGAAGGGAAGAAGGGGAUAGCGGUGGUGCUGGCUCUGCCACUUUCGGCCAUGAACGCCUUUGAAGAGCUGGUCCAAAUUUAA